CUGCGGAAGCGCGGCGCGCACUCCUUCAGCCCGGCUCUGGAGCUUUCCCACGGCCUCGGAUCCUGUGCCGCCUCGGUCUCCUCGAAGAUCUCCCCGGCGCUGGUCUCUACGGCGGAGGCCGGGCAGCCGCCGCUCUCCAGCUGCACAUGGGGCUGCCCAGAAGAGCUGUGGACGCGGCGGAGCUGCGAAAGAGCCUGAAGCCGCUGCUGGAGAAGCGCCGCCGCGCGCGCAUCAACGAGAGCCUGAGCCAGCUCAAGGGGCUCAUCCUGCCGCUGCUGGGUAGAGAGAGCUCCUGCUACUCGAAGCUGGAGAAGGCGGACAUCCUGGAAAUGACCGUGCGCUUCCUGCAGGAGCUUCCCGCGUCCCCCUGCCCGGCGGCCGCGCCCACGCCCUCUGACAGCUACCGCGAAGGCUACAGCGCCUGCCUUGCGCGCCUGUCCCUUGUGCUGCCUGCCUGCCGCGUCCUGGAACCCGCCGUGAGCGCGCGCCUACUGGAGCACCUGUGGAGGACGGCGGCUGGCGCCACACCGGACGGCGGGCGCGCGGCAGACUCUGGCUGUUCACCCUUGCAGACCCGGAGGCCCGCGUCCCCCGGGCCCUCGCAGCCAGCGCCUCCCCGUGGCUCUGGCCUCUGGCGGCCGUGGUAGCCCUCUGCCCAGAUUGUGGGCCCUGAAAACUUCAAGGGACACUUGGCUGUCUGAGGAAGCUCUCUGGGUGGUGGCUGCUGUUCCACCAAGAGGGACCAGGACCCACUCCGAGGGACCAGGCCAGUACCAUCACUCAGGUCGGAAAUAUGUUUGACCUAUGUGGCAGGCUGCAGACCAUGGGGGGCCCAGCUCUAAGGAAAUAAGAAGAGGGGCCCUGCCUGUACACCCCGCAACUUGGGGCUUCCAGGACUGAGAAGUGGCAGGUGGCUGCAAGUGAGGAAGACGUUCCCCAUCCCAGCUGGCGGAGGUGGUUCUGGAACUAGACUAGCCACAGCUGCCUGGAGCUGCCACACACCUGCCCUGGCACUGGCACCGGCCCAAGUCCUGGGCCAGAAGCUCAUCUGGGCCAGGUGCAGCCAUCUGCUCUGACUCUGACUGGUCACUGUCUCCCAGGCCUGUGGGAGCCUGCCUCUUUGCCAGCUCAGCUUGGGAAUCUCUGGGCACACAGCAGCAACAGUCUAAGGGGCUCUGGUCUGCCCACCCCCAAGGCUUUCUGCAUGGCACCAAAGUGGGGACCAGAGAGGCUAGGGAGCCAUCACUUCCACUCUGGGGGCUCUCCUUCCAAAGCCUCCCAUUCCUGGGCAGAGGGCAGCUGUGCUCUGCACCCCUGAGGGUGAGGGACAUUGCUAGGUCAUCUUGGGAAGCAUUUCAUCCCCUAAGCAUUAAUGUAACACCUAUGCCCUAUACCCCAGCUAGGUGGUCUGGGGUUAUGAAGAGGGAGUGGGGCAGGAAUGAGGCUGCCCUGUGGUCUCAAGGCAGCUUGUCGCUUUGGAGACUAGGGCCCAGCAUCCAGGCAGUGCUAAGAGAUGACAGGCCAGUGCCAUGGAACAGCAGGAGGUUAGGGGGUGGCAGCAGGUCAAGGAAACACCUUCCGUUGUUCUCUCUUGCCGACCACUCCCUGCUACUCACUGGGACAGGUGACUGGAGGCAGCCUGUUCUUGAGCCUUUCCUUUCUUUUCCUCGGAAACCAGGGGGCCUCUGAAAGCUCAGGGAGAGGCGUGCGGAUCACUGGUGGGCGCCCAAGAGACAGCGGAAGCACCUGCAGCCAUUUUCUGGGGACCCUCUGAGCAUUCACAGAGAAACUGGGACCUGCCCCCCCCCCACCUUAGCCCAAACAGCCUUUAUAGGGGCCAGGGUCCACAGGGCAAGAAGACAGAGCUGACAGUUGGGGGGUUGUCAGUGAAUCAAACUCUGCCACACCAACCCUUGAUGGCCCUGAUUUGGGUGGCAGGAUGUAGAGGAAGCUGGAGGUGCUGUUGAAGAAGUCAACGUGAAGAAAAACAGUAUUAAGAAAAAUGUUAAGAGAACAAGGUCCCCAGCAAGACUGUGGUGUCCUCCGGCCUCCGUGGGCCCAGCUUCCUAGACUGUAAGCUCCUGGCAGAUGGGGGUGCAUACCUCCCCGUGUCCCCGAGGCUGAGUGCAUAGCAAGUGCCCAAUAAAACUUGUGGACUAAAUGAGUGGGUGAUGUGACUGAGCCGUGCAGUGCAAUGAAAACUUGGACAGCCUGGCUUUUGCCUCAGUUCCUACUUUGAAUAUGGCCCCGGCUCCCAGGAAGGACAGAUCAGAAUGUGGGGGAGGGUGCUGAGAAGAAGGAAGUGCCAUUUUCUCUCACUUGCACCUGCUCCUAAAAAUCUACUUCUGCUGACUGCUCUCCUUAGCUGCCAGGAGCAACACCACCCUUGAACUCAUGUUUCCUCCUUGCAUCAAGGGCUCCCAGCAGGCACACACUGGGUAGGCUCCUUGUCCCCGUAAAUAAGAACUUUGGCACAGGUUCGAACUGGGUAAGAAUUUCCAGGCCUACCACUUCUUGCUCUUGAGGGCCCAGAUUCCUGAUGCCUGUUGACCUGACCCCCAUCAAGCCCCAAUUGUGGGAGAGGGCAUGUAGACAGGCCUGUGACUGACAGUGACUCACAGGGUCAGGUGCUCUGGGGAACUGGAGUUGAGCAGCCAUCUGGGCCUUGGCAGGGAGCUGAGGCGUGCCCGAGCAGGUGAGUUCUGGGCCUGAGGCGAGAAGCCAGAGUUUCCCAGCAGCGAUGUGCAAGAGCUGCCCAGAAGGUCUUGGCUGGUAGCUCCAAGCUGGGCUUGUGAAAUAGGGAAACCAACAUCGUCCUCCACAAGGUACCUUCAGGUGCCUCCUCCAGGUAGCCCCCAAGGUAUUCCUAGAGCUCUGUCUGAUGGCCAAAUGUAAGCACAGGCGGUGUGGGCUUUGUGUGGGAGGCAGGUGGCCUCCAUCAAAGAGACAUUAUAGGAUCUUUGAGGAGCGCCACAUCUUGUCCAAUGGCCAGCUCCUGGGAUGCCCUUUCUGGGAUGGCCCAUGACUCAAUCUAACUCCCUGUCUGGUUAUUGCACCCCGUUGGAGGAAAGGCCCUGUGUCCCUAUAAUAAAACUGGUGGGUGAAAUGAUUCAAUGACUCCUGGGUAGCCAGCACACUGAGGUGUUUGGGAACAUGCUUGCUGAAAUGUAGACUUCCAAGGAGACAGGGCUGGGACAGGUCUCCACCUGUUCCCUGGCACCAGCUAAUUAGAAGAGGUCAAGUCUGGUUUCCGCGAGCGUGAGGGUAAAGAGCAGGUUGCCAAGGAGGACUCCUCUAACACGCAUUUAAAAAUUGCUCCACCUAGAUAAUCCCAGGCUCCCACAGACAAGUCUCCCACUUGUUUGUCUAGGACAGUAGAGUGACCACAGCCUUUGGGGAACAUCUGGAAGGACCUGCAGCCCUGUCCUACACAGGCUGCCCACCCCGCACCUGUGCUUUGGGGUCACCACUCUGGAGAAGGUAUCGCUGUUGUUGUUGUUAGUUGCCAUCAAGUCAAUUCUGACUCAUGGAGACCUCAUGUAUUGUAGAAUAGAACUGCCCCAUACGCGUUUCAAGGCUGUGACCUUUUGGAAGCAGAUUGACAGGUCUGUCCUCUGAAGCACCUCUGGGUGGGUUCCAACUGCCAACCUUUUCAACUAGUGGUCCAGCACUUAGCCAUUUGCUCCACUGAGGGACUGGAUUGGUGGUAGCCACCUAUUAAACUCCGCCAUGUGCUUGUAGUUAGUUGCCACUGAGUUAGCUCCCACUCACGGAAAUCUUACGUACAACAGAAUGAAACAUUGCCAGGUCCUGCACCAUCUUCAUGGUUGUUGGUAUUUUUUAGUCCAUUGUUACAGUUAUUGUCUAGUGUCUUCCAACUUAGGGGGCUUAUCUUCCAAUGCUGUAUCAGACAAUAUUCAGUUGCAGUCCAUAGGAUUUUAUCAGCUAAAUUUUGAAAGUAGAUUGCCAGCCCUUUCUUCCUAGUCUGUUUUAAUCUGAAAACUCCAUGGAAAUCUGUCCACCUUGGGUGACCCUGCUGGCAUUUGAAAUACCAGUGGCAUAGUUUCCAGCAUUCUAUCAACAUGCAAGCCACCAGAGUACAACGAACUGACAGAUGGGUGGUGACAGCCAUGUGCAGCCUCCUAUUCAACAUGGUCUCUGGCAGGCAGGGUUUAGAGGUCCUGUUAGCCCUGCCCAAGUGCAGAUCCUCAACAUAAAGGGCAUAUUUAUUUAAAAAACACACACACACAUACACACAUAGACCAGGCUGCUAAUGAAACUUGUGUUUAAGUAUAUGGGCACGUGGCUAAUUUUUUUUCUCCUUAAAACAUGAUGGGGCUGGUCCUGUGUCUCUGUGUCUGUCUCGGUUUCCUUCAAGUGUGGCUGUGUCUUUGGGGGACUGAGCAUGUGCGUGCCUGGGUUUGUGUGCCCUGGAGCAUCUAUCUGUGUGGCUGUGGCUGCCCUUUAGAGAGCUGCCUGGGCUUGUGGGGGAGAAGGCAGCCACCCACUGAGGGUUCCCAGUGAGUAACUAGUUUCACUCAGGGUUUUCAGAGCCCUGACAAAGCCCCAGGCACUUAAAGCAGCUAUAAUAAACUUUGAAUAAUGGUUUCAGAAGCCAGAGAAAGGGACUAGAGGCCACCAGUAUGCACACAGUGUCUUAUCAGCCAAGAUCCACUGGGGGGCAGCAGAGAGCAGGGGCCCAGGUGGUCAGAUACAGAGCCCGGGUGCCCUGAAGGAGGGGUUCACUGACCUGGGGAAGGUGGGUGAAGGAAGAAGAUUCCAAGCCGAAUACAUGCCACCUGCAGGUUCUGCUGUGGAGAGUAGCCCAAGACCCACGUAUCUUGGUGUUUUGUCUACUAAAAACAGGAAGCACUGGAAAGGGGCCAUUGCUUAGGGGACAUUGAGGCUAUGUUAAUAGUGGUGGAAGGAUUUGGAAAAAGGUAUUGAGAAUGGUUGUACAACUUGAAGAAUGUAAACAAUGUCACUGAAUUGUAUGUGUGGAAACUGUUAAGAUGGCGUGUGUUUUGUUAGGUAUAUUUUCACCACAAUUAGACAAAACACAGGACAAAGUGAUUUUGAAGAACUAGGAACCAUUCUUUGUUGUUGCUGUCAGGUGGUUCCAACUCAUGGUGACCCCUUGUGUGCAGAGCAGAACUGUUCUAACAAAACCAAACCAAACCUGUUGCCGUGGAGUCGAUUCUGACUCAUGCUUUAGGCCCCCUAAAUCAGAGGCAGAUCCAGGUUUUGUGGAAACUUAAUAUUAAAGCUACUACUCAUCUGUCAGUCUGUAGUACCGUGGUGGCUUGUGUGGUUCUGUGACUCUGGAAGGCAUGCCACUAGUAUUUCAAGUACCAGCAGGGUCACCCAUGAUGAACAGGUUCAGUGGAGCUCCAGACUAAGACAGACUAGGAAUAAAGGCCUGGUGAUCUACUCCCAAAAUUAGCCAGUGAAAGCCUUAGGGGUCACAACAGAACUUUGUCCAACUUGCUUGCUUUGGACACGUCAUCAGGAAAGACCGGCAGCUGGAGAGGGACAUCAUGUUUGGUGAAGUAGAGGGCCAACAUGGGCGAGGGAGACCCUUGGUGAGAUGGAUUGGCACAAGAGCCUCAACAAUGGACUUGAACAUGCCAGUGACUGUGAGUUUGAAGAAGGACUAAGCAAUGUUUCAUUCUGUUGUACAUAAGGUCACCAUGAAUCAAUCAACUUGACGGCAGCAACAACAGCAACAAUAGCAAAUACUAAGGACUUCUUUAAGAAAAAUAAUAUAAAAUCAUGAAUAAAAACUUAAGUAUGAAAGUGAAUAUUUAUUCAGAAUGAAAAAAUAAGUCACGCGUAACUACUGGUGCUUGGAGAUUCAUGCCCCAUCCUUUUGGUUUCUCGUUAAACAACUUCUCAGCCACGCUUCCAUAGACAUGCCUCCUGAGGGCAGUCUUGGCCUCCCCUUGGCUCCUAGCACAUUCCAGCAGGGCAUCCACAGUGUCCAGGCCUUGAAGCUCAAGCCUCAGUAGCUAUACCCUCAGUCCACCUCUGUCCAUAUUUAACUCGGGAUUGCUACCUCCAGCGGUUCUCCUUCUCUGUGUCUGAGUCAAUAGCCACACACCACGUACCUAAGGCCACGUUAAUCUGCCCUAGCAAAGGUACCCCAUCUGUGAUGGGGGCUACUACUUCAUUGGGUUUGCUCUAGUCCUCCAGGAUCCACCUGGGUGUUGUAGGAAUUAGACUAGUCAAUGCCAUGAAGAUAUGAGGCAUCCUUAAGGUCUUUUUAAGAGUGGCACUAAUUUUUUUUUUAAUUAAUUCAUUGAGUGUCUCUCAUACAAAAAGUUAUACACACCUGCUAUGUACUCCUAGCUGCUCUCCCCCUAACGAGACGGCAUAUUCCUCCUCUCCACUCUGUAUUCUCCGUGUCCAUUCAACGCUCCUGUCCCCCUCUUCCUUCUCAUCUCGCCUCCAGACAGGAGCUGCCCACAUAGUCUCAGGUGUCUACUUGAGCCAAGAAGCUCACGCCUUACCAGUAUCAUUGUCUAUCUUAUAGUCCAGUCCAGUCUCUGUCUGGAAAGUUGGCUUCAGGAAUGGUUCCAUCUUGGACUAACAAAGCAUCUGGGGACCAUGACCUCCAGGGUCCCUCCAGUGUCAGUCAGACCAUUAAUUAAGCCUGGUCUUUUUAUAAGAAUUUGAGAUCUGCAUCUCACUGUUCCCCUGCUCCAUCAGGAAUUCUCUGUUGUGUUUCUUGUCAAGGCAGACAUCGGUGGUAGCUGGGCAAAUGGCAUUAAUUUUUGCCACCAUCCUCUUGGGAUUCAAGAUUAUUAUGAUUUACCUGCUUGAGAGGGGAAAUUUUAGAGGCUUCCACUUGGCCUCCCCUGCUAUAAUAGAUAACUCUCACCCCACAGGCCAAAUAAUUAAUAUGAGAGAUGUGCCAAAUGGAAACCCUGGUGGCACAGUGGUUAAGAGCUACAGCUGCUAACCAAAAGGCGUUCAGUUUGAAUCUACAAGGCACUGCUUGGAAACCCUAUGGGGAAGUUCUACUCUGUCCUAUAGGGUCACUAUAAGUCAGAAUCGACUAGACAGCAACGGGUUUUGGUUUUAUAUUCCAACUAUAUAUUUGGGGAUCAGAGAAACGAUCACUGGGUAGAUCCACAGACCCAGUAGACCCAGUGCAAUGGUGGCUGGGGCUCCAUUUAUUACCUGGCCUCCAACAUGUCCCCAUUCCAAGAGCGAUGCAAGAUGGCACUUUGGAUGUCUGAGGAUCAGUAUGAACUCAGACCUAUGUCCAGCUAUCCCGGAAAUGUUUGAGCAUUCCACUUUCCCUAGUGUACACUUAUCCAAUUAAAUGCCCCAGGUCCUUUGGGGAAGGCCUUGGGGAGUCAUUACCAUAUACAUUUGUUACAUGAUGCAAGAUCAUUCUCCUGGGGACCCAGCCUUCUUUCAGGCACUAGGUUCUGGAUACGAAUGCUCUCUCAGGCAUGGAAAGGGAUCAUUGCUUCUUAUUGGGAUCAUUGCCACAGACUUCUGAUCACCCAGCCUUUGUUUACUUUAAUUGUGUAAACUGAGCAAUAGCCUUGUUAGCUGCCCAUCUAUUUUGCCCCUAGGGAUGCCGUGAUCUGUUAACCAUCUCCAUAGCUCUGUGGGUUAGGAUCCCUGGAUGCCACUCUGACUUUGCUGCUCAUUAUAAUUGUGACCUCCUUGGCUUCUGACAGUUAAUUGCUGCCACUGGACUUCUACGGUUUUGGGGUCUGUCAUCCCAGGUGACAGUGAUCCAAGCCUGUAAUGGCAUCUCCUACUAGCAGUCACCUCUAUGGUUUCUGUAUUGCUUUGGUGAACGGUGGAUCCUCUCAGUCCUCCCAAGGAACUUAGUCAUCUGGUGGGUCGUCAGCUUUAUAUAGUAUGUUUGUUGUAGCAUGCUCCCUCGUCCGAGCUGGUUGGCCUCAGUUGUUGCUUCUAGGAGCCAUCCUGGCAGCCUGUUUGCAUUGUCUUAGUGUACUGGGAUAGGGCUCCGAGAGCAAUGCUCCCCAUGAUCAGUUGAGAAUCAGCUCUUUGUGUUCCAUAUGGUUUUCACUGGCCGAUUUUUGGAAGUCGAUCUCCAGGCCUUUAUUUCCAGUCCAUCUUAACCUCGAAGCUUUGCUGAAACCUGUUUAGCAUCGUAGCAACACACAAGCUUCCACUGACAGACUGAUGGUGGCUACACAUGAGGUACAUUGGCUGGGAAUCAAACCCAGAUCUCCUGCACGAAAGGUGAGAAUUCUAACACUGAACUACCAAUGUUUCCCCAAAGCAAUACACCCUCCCUAUCCAACAUCAUCUUCUAUACACUUUGACUCAGCACCUUUGGAAUCCAGGCCUACAGAUUCUCUCUAGGCCCUGCAGUUCCUUUGAGGAAUGGUCUCUGCCCUCCCUUACCAAGCCCAGCAGGUCCUCAGUGGAGCUAUGUAAUGACUUAACUGUAGUUAUUGGCCUACUGACCAGGAGGGGAGUGGACAGAGCCUGAGGGGGUAUGUCCUGUCCUGCAGUGGACAGGGCUCUGCAUGGCCUUCAAGCAAAUGAAGGUGGGGUUCUAGUCCUUACUAUGGAGGAGUGGGCCUACUUCUGCACAUGCCUAUCCCCAUCAAACCAGUACUCUGAGAAGACAAGCAUGUUCUUUGGUCUGAAGAAUCUUCUGUUUUGGUUAGAACUUUGAGCAUCUGCAUCCAUAAGCAAAGUCCAGUCCAGAGUAAGCCAUUAAAUUGCCGCAAUCUGCAUCAACUCAUGGUGUCAAACAUCUCUGGGUCUGGUCAGCUCAUCCUUAGCCCCUGUGGAUUAGGUCAACAGGUACCAGUCAUAGGCUUGGAAGUCCACAUACCUCCCUGCACUUUGGACCAGCUGUCAUGGGUUGAAUUAUGUCCCCCAAAAAUGUGUAUAUCAACUUGGUUAGGCCAUGAUUCCCAGGAUUGUAUGGUUGUCCUCCAUUUUGUGAAUGUAAUUUUAUGUUGAAAGGAUUAGGGUGGGAUUGUAACACCACCCUCACUCAGCUCAUCUCCCUGAUCCAAGGUAAAGGGAGUUUCCCUGGGGUGUGGCCUGCACCACCUUUCAUCUCUCAAGGCAUAAAAACAGAGAGUUGGAGACCGCAUACCACCAAGAAAGCAGCACUGGGAGCAGAGUGUGUCCUUUGGAUCUGGGGUUCCUGCACCUGAGAAGCUCCUCGACUAGGGGAAGAUUGAUGACAAGGAAUCUUCCUUCAGAGCUGACAGAAAGAGAAAGCCUUCCCCUGGAGCUGACACCCUGAAUUUGGACUUGUAACCUACUAGACUGUGAGAGAAUAAAUUUCUCUUUGUUAAAGCCAUCCACUUGUGGUAUUUCUGUUAUAGCAGUACUACAUGACUAAAACACCAUCCAACCUCUUUACCAUCCCUAGCCCCUGUGGGCUAGGUCAAUGGUUGCCAGUGGAACACAUUCAAACUCAGCCCGUCUCUUCACUGCUGCACCUCACCACUUCCACUUACUAGAGGAAUCAGGUGGUCACCCCAAGCAAGCAUACCAGGCUGUUUACUCUUUGGCUCCCUUUAACUUCCAGUCCUGGAAAGGCUUUCUUCUGAUGGGCACUUACUUUUCCUGCCUUGAUGCACCCUAGGACAAAUUCAUACUGUUUGCUCACAGUUCAAAAAGUAAGUCAUCUUUUUUUUUUUUUGUGCAGGUCCUUCCUUCAAAUGCAAAUCUC